AUGGGUAUUGUGAGGAAGCCAACAAUACCUGAAUAUUGGAAUAAGAGUCACGACAGCCAGUUAAGCCGUUGGUUUAUGAAAAUGUUCUCACGAAACCGGUUUCAACUCAUAUUGAAGUUUUUCCACCUCGUGGACAACAACAAAAUUCCGAACCGUAACAGUCCAAAUUACAGACCCGACAGUAAAAUUCGCCCCUUGAUUGACCAUUUCAACCGUGUCGCCACCUAUUUCUACACGCCCGACCGGAACAUAUGUGUGGACGAAUCAUUGAUUGGUACAAGAGGUCGCACAGCAAUGCUCCAAUACAUCCCGUCAAAAGCAGCAAAAUUUGGAGUGAAAUUCUGGGUAUUAGCUGAAAGUACAACUGGAUAUGUUGCACAUUUGAAAUGCUAUCUAGGUAAAAAGUUUACUCCCACAUCCAAUCUUUUACAAGGAACAGAAGUAGUCCUGCAACUCCUAAAAAACUGCAACUUACUCCAGAAAGGUUAUCAUGUUGUCUGUGACAGUUUUUUUUGCAGUUUUGACCUCGCAAGGAAAUUAAUAGACGUGAACACGUAUUUGACAGGAACCUUAAGAUCUAACCGAAAAAUGCCUUUAACAAUCAGAAACGCCCAUGUUGGACCUGGUGAAAGUGUGUAUGUAAGACAAGGUGAAAUUUUGGCAGCAGCGUACAGGGGGAGGGAGAGUAAAAAACCAGUUAGAAUGAUCACCAAAAAUAAUACAACAUUAUAA